AUGAUAUCUCUACAGCCUCUUUCACCAGAAAGAGUCUUAGCAUUCUUGCCUCCUAACACUUGGACUGAAGUAUGUUCGCAAAUUUUACUAUUUAAAAUGUGUACUUUUAUUAAUAUUCAAUUGUACAUGCAUGUUACCUAAUAGGUAUAGAUAAUAAAUAUAGAUGUCAUUUGAACUUGAAUUUUUGAGUAAGUCAAGAAAUCAGCUCAAAUUUUUUUUCUACUAUAAGUGGUCGUUAUCAGAUUUUAGUAAUUUUGGAUACCUAUAAUGAUAUUUAUUUGAAUUUAUAUUCAAUUUUUUGUCUACCCAAUACACAAGCUUUUGUGUUUCGAAAUCUGUUUAAGUAAUAACAAAUGUAAAUUCCAAAAUACUUCAUAAUUUUUAUCCUGCAGGUUAACAAAUUUCAUUUAUUUACCAAACUAAUAUGUUACCACACAUAAAAUUAUUAUCUUUAAUUAUCUACUUUUUUUUUAAUAAUCAUUUCUAAUUAUGAUUAUUAACAGGUAAUUCAUCUAUGUACACAUUUUUAUAUUUUUUAAAUCAAAAUUUUUUUUAGUUUUUAAAAUGUAUACAAUUUUUAUUUCAUUAGGUUAUUUUACUUUCAACUCCACAAAAUAAUAUAAAUGCAUAUAUUGCGACAACUCCUGAUAAUAUGCAAAAACGAUUUCGAGAUAUGAAUGAAAUGGCAUUACAGAGUUGCUUAUUUGAACCAGUUUUACAUUUUAAAGCGAGGGAAAUAGUUGCUGUUGAAAUUGAUGGAAAUUGGUAAUUUAUUUUAAAUUAAAAAUGCACUUUAAUCAAAAACAUAUCUUUAUUGCAUUUACUUUUUUCUAAUAAUUGUUUUGUUUACUUCUAAGGAAAUAUCUUACAUUUAUUCUAUUGUGGAACAAUCUGUUUUAGGCUUUUUUUUUUUAACUUCUAUUAUUUAUUUUUAUUAAUAUUGGCUGAUAUGUUUUCAUAAUUUUAUAUUCUGAUCAAAGCAAGGAAACUAGUUUUAUAAUGGUAGUUUAAUUUUUUUUUUUUUUCAGUAAAGGCAGGCAGAAACACGCUUAAAAAGUUUCAUGCAGUAACUUUAUUGAUUGGUAAUUUAAAACUGAUGCUACUAUAAAGAAUAUCAUAUUUUUUUUUUAUAUUACUCAGUCCAAUGCAUUGAUAAUUGCAAUGUACUAACAAAUUAUGAGAAGAGAUGAAAAAAAAAAAACGAAUAUUUUCAAUCCUGGCUUCAUUACAUUUCUUUUUAAAAUAAAAUAACUUUUUUUUUUAUUCAUCUUUAAAAAGAAUGACACCUGCUUAGGCCAUUAUUAUCUUUUAAUUAAUUAUAUACAAAGUGGGUAACUAUUAAUAAUAGUUUUUUUUUAAUGUAUAUAUAAUAUAUAUGUAUGUUUUGGGAAAAUAUUAAAUAUAUACUAAAAUCAGACAAACCAUAAUAAUGCCUAUGUGAACCUAGGUAGGUGCUGGCUAACAAUGUAAUUGGGGCAUAUUGUAUUAUUUCAAAUCUAUUAUUUUAUGAAAUCAGUUAAUUUAUUGUAAUAAAUAACUCAAAAAAUAAUAUGGGGUAAAAUUAUUGUAAUAUAAUAUACUAUAUCAUAUUGAAGUUAUUAAAAGAUAUAAUGUAAACUAAGGGUACUUAUUCUGCAACUUGUAAAUUCAAUUACAGAAUAUACUGAAAAUUAUUGCUUAAAAAAUAUAUGUAUAUAUGUAAACAAUUAAUAAAUAUAUAAUAUAUAUUUUAUAUAUUGCAUUUAUUAAAAAUUAAAAUAUUGAAUGAUAACAGUUAUAGAGCAUUAAAAUAUACAUGUUAAUACAGAUAUGCAGAAGUGAUAUUUUCCAUAUUGAUCAAAACCUAAUAUUACUACAAAAUACAUUUUUUUCCAAAAUCAGUACUCAUUUCUCUGGUGUUUCUAACGUUUGUCCGAGUUUGGUCUUUACCCUGUUACAUAAUAUAUUAUAUAUAUAUACACACAUUUAUAUUACAUUUUAAAUUUUAGACUAGAUUGUAAACUCCAGUUUUAUUUAUAAUUUGAUUAUGCUUUAAUUAUAUUUACAAUUUAAAUGCUAUGAAAAAUAGUAGUUCUAGGAUUUUGCAUUAUUAUUUAAUAUUUAUACUUUUAUCAUUCAGUAAAGAUAUGUUUGAUUUUAAGAUAAAAUUCAUAUGUUUUUUUUAUAUUAGUUUUUUAUUUUAUCAUUAAAUAGUUGUUCUUUGUAUAUAUAUAUAUAUAUACAUAUAAAUUAAAGUAUUGCAAUAUUUUUACUAGAUUUUUAAUUUCAGUGUAAUUUUAAUCAAACUUUUUUGCAUUUGUUAAAACCUAAAUUGAAAAUUUUAAUUUAAAGUAAUUAUUAAUAAUAAUUCACUUUAUUAGAAAUUUAAAAUGUAUAAGUCGUGGCUGCUUCAUUUGCUUUGAUAUUUACAAAAUUAAUAAGAUUAAUAUUGUUUGAAUAUUGAAAAUUCAAAUUAAUAAUACUUAUAUUAUGCACUUUAUACUUUUUUUUUAGAUACCUACUGUUUAGAUGUAUUUAGUUAUUUAAUGAUAUUGAGAAUUACAUUUUCAAAAUUAUCUCCUAAUUUUGAAUUUUUUCAUACACGAAGAAAAGAAAAAUAAUAAGUAUUGAACAAUGUGUGUAAUGUAAUUUAAAGGUUUAUAUUAGUUACUUUGUGUAUACCAUUGAUUAUGAUUGACUGUUAUGGAUACUAUUUUUGUUCUUUAGUUAGAAAUAAUGUAUAAUAUACUAAAUAAUUUUAUUCCUAUGGCAAAUAAAAAUUGUUGGUAUUGAGUAAUAUUUUAAUACAUAUUUGUUGUUUUAUACUAAUUGUAUAUUUUGUUUUAGGUAUAGAGGGAAAUUAAUUAAACUCUGUUUAUUUAACCCCGAUGAUACUACAAUUGAUUUAAUUGAUGUUGGUGUUACUUAUAAAACAAAGUUACAAUAUGUAUUUGAAAUUCCGUAUUAUUUUAAAUAUGAACCAUUAGUGAGUUAAAUUUCAAAAUUAUUUUAUUAUCUAGAUAUUUUUUCGUAAUGGAAAAACUUUUUUCAUUCUAGGUUUUACCUAUCAAAUUUAAGAAUUUCACUCCAAAUUCUACUAAAGUAAUCAUAAAACCUUGCAUGUCUGAUAGUGUAAGUUUAGUAAAAAACCUAUUUAUAAUAAUGUACUUAAAUUAAAUGUAUUCAAAUAUUAUUAAUUAUUUAUAGAUUCUGGAUGAAGGAUUUGUUCUUGUUGAAGCUAAAAGUAAUCAUAUUAAGCUUGAAAAUAUCCAGCAAUAUGACAAACCACUGUUAGAUACUAAACAAGAGUGAGUUUAAUGCUUAUUAUUUUAAAUUUACUGUUAUUUAAGUUAUAGUUGGAUGUAUUUAUGUAUUCAUUUGUGUACUAAUGUUUUGGAACUCAAAUCUAAACAAGAUUUAUAUUAUAUAUUUUACAACUUUUUAAUAUUUACUUUCCUCCAAAGUGUAUACUGAAUAAAAUACAUUUUACAACUAAAAGCUGUCUAGUUACAGCUGUCUGAGUCACAUUUGUAAUGAUGCAUGUUUUAUUAAAAAUUAUAGAUUUAAAAAUAAAAAAAUCAUUAAAGCCAUAAAAUGUGAACCAAAUGAUGACCUUACAAUUAAAUCUUCAUCCCAUAUGGAGCAGAAUGAAAUAUAUAGAAGUAGUUAUCAAUAUUCACAUCCAAGGUACAUUCAUGAACACAAAUUAUAUUAUUAUCUAUUAGUUAGAAAGCAGAUUUUUAGGUUUCCAUAAUACGUCAAUUAUAUUAUAAUCUAUUGACCGUAUACACCCAAGAGUAAACUAUUGAGGUGAUUAGUUGCAUAAAAAAAAAAUAUUAUAUAUUUUUUAUUUUAUAAAUUUGAAAAUAUUUAGCUCAUUUUUUAAUCAUUAAACAAUAACAUUAAUAUAUUGUGAUUUUAAUGAAAUUUUUAAAAUAUAAAUAUUUUUCAUUUUUCUUUCAGGCACGUACAUUUAUCUGCAAUCAAAAUCGAAAGAGAUAAGACUAAUGGACAAUUAUUUUCAAGGCCUAUAAAAAUUGAAAAUGAUACAUCUUUUGAUAUAGGAAAUCCAAGUGAAAUUAUGUUAACAAAUAAACAUGUAAAUAUUAUAUAAAUUAUUAAUAAUGGAAAAACUAAUCAGUCUUUAUCAGUCUUUUACAGAUGAAUCAUAUACCAACAGUGAAAUCUUAAAUGCUGGUGAAAAUAUAAAUAAUAUUCAUAAAGAGUUACCUUCCCAAAAAUUAAUAAAACGAAAGAAAAGUAAUGUCAAAAGGCAAGAAAAGUUAACACCAAACAAUUGGAAAAAUUCUAGAAAGAAAGAAAAGAAGGAAUCAAAAAAACAAUUAGCUCAAGACAAAAACUUACAAAAACAGGAACAGACAGGUCAAUCAAAACCACAGGAGAAAAAUUUAACCGAAGAAAUAAGAUAUAGAUUUGAACAGCUUGUAAAAUUUACAGCCCAACAGUAAGACUUAAGUAUAUAUAAGUUAAUGAGCUUGAUCUAUUACAGAUGAUGGGUUUAGAUUUUGAAUUAUUAUACCCUCACAAUUUUUGUUUCCAAUAAAUAUUCAGAUCUAAGAAUCAAAUAAAAAAAUAUAAAUUACUCAAGUAGGUAGCAUACUAUUUUAUCAUGCUAUUAUUAUUAUUAUUAUUAUUAUUAUUAUUAAUAAAAAAAUUGCAUAACUUUUAAUGUUUACAAAUUUAGGGUUUUUCAUUUUAUGUCAGUAUUAAGGCCUGUAUACAAAUUACUUAUUUCUUAUUAUUAGAUAUUUUAAAGUAACAAUUAAAUGGUAAAGAUAACUUAAAAAUAGUAUGAUACUGUACAUUUUAAUCUAGGCCAGAAUUUCUCAAACUGUGUUACAAUCCAAUGUAUCCCGAGCCAACUUUUGGUGGAUCGCGAAAAAUGUAUGUUUUUUAAGCCCUUUAAUUAAAUAGUUAAGAAUUAUAGUAUUGAACUAUAAUAUAUUAUAAAUCUUGAAAAUUACACUGAAACUCAACCAUACCAUGAUUAUUAUUAUGUUUGUUUAUUGUUGGUACAUCAUUAUUGCAAUAUAACAACUGAAUAUUCUCAAACUUUAAUCAACCAGUUUUUCCUAUCACCACAAUAAAUAUAGCUUUGUAGUUCAUCAUGUAGUAUUGAUGUUGUUAUGUUGCAUUGUUGCCAGCUGUAGUUUACUAUAUGUGCGCGGUUACAUGUGUAUGCUGCACUUGGUGUGAUCUAGUGUUUUGUGUGCUUGGACAGCAUUUCUGUCAUAAGUGAUCAACAAGUGGAUAAUGGAUAAAUAAUUCAACAAUAGAAAAAUAAAAUUUACUAUAAACAAAUAAAACAUUCAAUAUUAUAUUUUUGAUUUUUAGAAUUGCUUUUUUAUCAUGUAAAACUAUGGGUUUCAAUAGAUUUUUUUUUCUGGAGGGGGUAUGGGGGAGGAAUUUAAAUUGUGGUUAUAAAAUUAUUGAGAAGCAUUGAUCUAGACUAUAAUGCAAAUAUUUCAAAUUGUUAUGACUAUUAUUAUUAAACAUGUUAUUAAGUACACAAAUCAUGAAAAAAUCAAAAAUAAUUUUUCAUUAAAUUUCAAUAUUUAAAUUGAUAAAUAUAUCAAUAGACAUACAAUUACAUCUGAUGAUUUUUCACUAUAAUUCAUUAGGUAUAUUUUUUUUUUCACAGGCUACAAGAAAUGAACUAUUAA